AUGGGGAAUCAAGUGCCGAGGAGUUUCAGGUUUAAAAUAGAUAACUUCUCGGAGAAGGAAGCUGUGAUAUUGUCUCCUAUAUUCAUAAGCGGCGGAUGCGAAUGGUAUCUUAGACUCUAUCCCAAGGGAAAUUGUAGUUGCAAUGAUCACACGUCUUUGUUCCUAAGCCUUGCAAAUCCUCAAUCAUUACCUACUGGAUGGAUAAGGAAAGCUAGAUAUGACUUCCUUCUGUUAAAUCAAUCCGGCAAAGUGCUCUACAGAACACAUAAAGAACCUGGUAUUGAUGGUCAACCAAGACGCACCAAGUUUUGCUCUACGUAUCCUUCCUGGGGUUACAAAAAGACCUUGCCUUAUAUAAACCUUAAUGAAAAAAGCCUUUUGGAGAAGGACAGGCUCAUCGUUGAUGUCUAUAUUUGGGGCGUUGAACUUGUUGAUGUAAACGGCAGAGUUGUUAAAGAGAAGCAGACUGUGGAUAUCAAUGGUUUUCAGGUUUUUCCUUAUCAGGUUACUUCAGCAAGGAAGAUAUUUGCGGAGCACCCAGAGAUUGCAAAAGAUUUCAAACCAAAGAACCAAUUCGUGAAGAAGGAAUACAUGAAUGUCCUUCUCAACCUCGUGGAGACACUUAGCAAGCCUUCACAGAAUCACUCUAACAUUGAGAUACGCUCAGCUCGCAGCAAGUUGAGUGAGCUGAUGGAACAAGGCUUCAAGCUGGACUGGUUGAAGUUAAAGCUUGAGAAGGUUUCCUUGGAAAGGAAGAAACCAGAUGAUGCUCAUGGUUCUCGGGUCAAAGAAAUGGAAGGACGCAUCAAGAGUCUUGAGAAGAUGGUGUUAGAUCUCAAAUCAAAGCUUGAUGAAGUUUACUUGAAGAGGAAGAAAGCAGAUGCUGAUGUCCAACAACUCGAUGAACGUGUUAAGAAGCUUGAGCAGAUGAAAGUGGAUGUCAAGCUGGAUUGUUUGAUGAAAAAGCUUGAGGAGGUUUCCUUGGAGAGGAAGAAAUCAUAUGAUCUUGAUUGUUCUCUGUUCGUGGAUCGCGUCAAAAAUCUUGAGCUUAUGGAAUUGGGCUUCAAGUUGGACUCUUUGGAGACAAAGCUUGAGAAAUUUUUGAUGGAGACGAAAAACGCAGAUGCUGAUGGGUCUCGCGUCCAACAAGUAGAGGAAAGCGUCAAGAAUCUUAAGAUGAUGGUGUUAGAUCUCAAAGUUGAAGUGGACAAGAAGAAGACCAAAUCUUGUGCUGAUGGAUUCAUGUUGGUUGACGAUAUUGCUUGA